CUGAUCUGCAUACUCUCUCAGCUGGACUUGGGGCUACUACUUACUGCAUCUGAAAGGCUGAAACUCACUGGGAAUAAAGAAUUCUUGUAACAAUGCCGGAACCCACCAAGAAAGAUGAAACUGAAAAUGAAAGUGCACCGCCACCUCCAGAACAAACAACACCGCAGGAGGGUGGAAAUGAAAAGGGUAAAGUAUGGUCUCUUGGAGAAGGAGCUCCAGAAGAGUCAGAAAAACGAGAUGACUCCCAAAGAUCUACUUUAUUCGUCGAAAAACCUCAGAGCGGUACAGUGAGUGUUGGUGGGAAUAUUACAUUUAUAGCCAAAGUAGAAGCCAAAGAUCUUCUCCGAAAGCCAAAUGUUAAGUGGUUUAAAGGAAAAUGGAUGGACCUGGCCAGUAAAGCGGGGAAGCACCUGCAGCUGAAAGAGUCCUUUGAGCGUCACACUAAGAUUCACACAUUUGAGAUGCAUAUCAUCAAAGCUAAAGAAAACUAUGCAGGGAACUAUCGCUGUGAAGUAUCUUACAAGGACAAGUUUGAUAGCUGCUCUUUUGACCUUGAAGUCACUGAAUCUUCCCAAGCUGCUCAAUCCAUUGACAUCAGAUCUGCUUUCAAAAGAAGCGGUGAAGGACAAGAGGAUGCAGGAGAACUUGACUUUAGUGGUCUCCUGAAACGUAGGGAGGUUAAACAACAAGAGGAAGAACCUGAGGUAGACGUGUGGGAUCUCCUGAAGAACGCGAAUCCCAGCGAAUAUGAGAAGAUUGCUUUUCAGUACGGUAUCACUGACCUGAGAGGAAUGUUAAAGCGCCUGAAGCGGAUGCGCAGGGAGGUGAAGAAGAGCGCAGCUUUUGCCAAAGGUCUCGAUCCUGCAUAUCAGGUGGACAAAGGAGGUAAAGUAAGAUUCAUGGUGGAGCUUGCAGACCCAACAGUGGAACUCAAGUGGUAUAAAAAUGGCCAAGAAAUACGACCAAGCGCAAAAUACAUUUUUGAGCACAAAGGCAACCAGCGAAUUUUAUUCAUCAACAACUGUUCGAUGACAGACGAUGCUCGCUAUUACGUAACAGCUGGUGAUGAGAAAUGCUCCACAGAACUGUUUGUGAGAGAUCCUCCAAUUUUGGUGACCAAAGGCCUGGAGGAUACCAGUACCUAUGUUGGUGAACGAGUAGAACUGAGCUGUGAAGUAUCUGAGGAUGAUGCAAAUGUGAAAUGGUUUAGGAAUGGUGUAGAACUUACCAAUGAUCCUAAAUCUCGGUAUCGAAUCAAGGUUGAGGGUAAAAAACACACUUUGAUCAUAGAGGAAGCUGCAAAAAAUGACACUGCAACUUACUCAGUUAUGACAACUGGAGGGCAAUCAGAAGCCAAGCUUGCAGUUGACUUGAGACCACUGAAGAUAUCACUUGCACUAGAAGAUCAGACUGUGAGGCUUGGACAGGAAAUCCACCUGAAGUGUGAGAUAUCUGAGAACGUGGAAGGGAAAUGGUACAAAAAUGGACAGCUGAUUGAAGCUAGUGACCGUGUAAAGCUUUAUCACAAAGGAAGAAUACACAGAUUUGUUAUACCAGCUUCUGCUGUUGAUGAUGAGGGUGAAUACAUGUUUGUACCAGAUGCCUAUAAUAUUAAUAUUCCAUGCAAAGUACAUAUUGUGGAUCCUCCUAAACUUCACCUGGAUGGUCUUGGGGAAAAUAACACUGUUACAGUAGUGGCAGGAAGCAAACUACGACUUGAGAUCCCUAUCACUGGUGAACCAACUCCAAAAGUCGUGUGGAGUAGAGGUGACAAGGGAAUCACGGACAGCGGAAGAAUACGGGCAGAAACAUAUCCAGACAGCAGCUGCCUGGUCAUUGAUACAGCUGAGAGGGAAGAUUCAGGUCCUUUCAGAAUAACUUUAAAGAAUGAGGCUGGAGAGGACACAGCUCUAAUCAACAUCAAAGUGGUUGAUGUCCCUGAUCCUCCUCAGGCACCAAACGUGACUGAGGUGGGUGAAGACUGGUGUAUUAUGACCUGGGAACCUCCAGCAAAUGAUGGUGGAUCACCCAUCUUAGGAUAUUUCAUUGAGAGGAAAAAGAAACAAAGCUCCAGGUGGAUGAGGCUGAAUUUUGAACUGUGUAAAGAAACAACUUUUGAGCCAAAGAAGAUGAUUGAAGGUGUUGCUUACGAGGUCCGUGUAUUUGCUGUUAAUGCAAUAGGCAUGUCCAAACCAAGUAUGCCUUCAAAGUCCUUUGUUCCUUUAGCUGUCACCAGCCCACCGACUCUCCUGGCAGUGGACGGAGUGACUGACACCUCGGUGACAAUGAAGUGGAGGCCGCCCGACCAGAUCGGAGCGGCGGGGUUAGACGGCUAUGUUGUAGAGUACUGCUUUGAAGGAACCGAUGAAUGGAUCGUGGCUAACCCGGAGCUGACAGACAAAACGAAGUUUACUAUCAACGGCCUGCCCACUGGCUCAAAAAUCCUUGUGAGAGUAAAAGCUGUGAAUGCUGCUGGUGAAAGUGAGCCCAGGUACCACCCACAGCCUAUUUUAGUCAAGGAAGUGAUAGAACCUCCUAAGAUUCGUCUACCAAGACACUUAAAACAAACUUACACUAGAAGAGUUGGAGAAACUGUGAAUCUUGUUGUUCCUUUCCAGGGAAGACCACGGGCAAAAGUAUCAUGGCAGAAAAACGGUUCUCCAAUCGACAAGAAUGAAAUCAACAUCCGCAACACUGAAAACGACACCAUCAUCUUCAUCCGAAAGGCAGAGAGGGGGCACUCUGGAGAAUAUGAUAUGAAAGUGGAAGUAGAGAACUUGGUGGACAAAGCUACAAUAGAUAUUCAGAUUGUUGAUCGCCCAGGCCCACCAGAGAUUGUAACUAUUGAGGAUGUUUGGGGAGAGAAUGUAAAUUUAUCAUGGAAGCCACCAAAGGAUGAUGGAAAUGCUGCCAUUACUGGGUACACUAUUCAAAAAGCAGAUAAGAAGAGUAUGGAAUGGUUCACAGUGAUCGAGCACUACCAUCGCACCAGUGCCACCAUCAAUGAGCUCAUCAUAGGAAACGAGUACUACUUCAGGGUCUUCGCUGAGAACAUGUGUGGCCUCAGCGAGGAUGCAACGAUGACCAAAGAGAGUGCUUUGAUUGCAAAGGAUGGUAAAGUCUACAAAUAUCCAGUUUACGAUGAUUUUGACUUCAGUGAACGGCCGUUGUUUACUCAGCCUCUAGUCAACACCUUUGCCAUAGCUGGUUACAACGCUACUUUGAACUGCAGUGUUCGGGGCAACCCCAAGCCCAAAAUAACCUGGAUGAAAAACAAAGUCCUUAUAAUGAAUGACCCAAGGUACCGAAUGUUCAGCAACCAAGGUGUGUGUACCUUGGAGAUCCGCAAACCCAGUCCCUAUGAUGGAGGUACUUACACCUGCCGAGCAGUCAAUGAACUUGGAGAGGCAGAAGUGGACUGCAAACUGGAAGUAAAAGGUGGGCUUUCGUUCUUCAGACUAUUGAUGGAUGGAGUGCCUCCGCAUAUCAUUCAUUCGUAUAUGCGUGAAGUACAGGCAGACAAAACUGAAGCCAAGUGAGAGUCCGUCCACAGUGUUUCCUCCCACUGCACUGGAAGUUGGUAGCAGAGUAACAGCAUUUGAGUUCUUGCAAUCACAGAAAAAAAUGUGCGGUUGGAGAUUUUAUUAUUUUUUUGCCCC